GCACGCCCCCACCACCAGGCCACCAACCCCACGCGACCUGCCAGAUCGGAACGCCGAUAGACAGUUCGGCACCCCAACCCAAAAUCCACAACGCCUUCACCGGUCACCACCAUCUUCCUCGAACGCACCGAACCGAAGCGCGCCGCCGCCGCGUGGCCCUCACCGCCGCUGGCCACCGCCCGCACCCGCACCGCCGAUCAACCCACCCCCGCGCGAGGAGCCCGAAGGAUCGAUGGGGGCGAAGCGCGCGGUGCUGGUGGGCAUCAACUACCCGGGCACCAAGGCGGAGCUCAAGGGCUGCCACAACGACGUGGCCCGCAUGCGCCGCUGCCUCGUCGACCGCUUCGGCUUCGACGAGUCCGACAUCCGCGUCCUCGUCGACGCGGACGGGGCCUCGUGGCAGGUGCUGCCCACGGGAGCCAACAUCAGGCGCGAGCUCGCGCGGCUCGUCGGGGACGCGCGGCCCGGGGACCUGCUCUUCUUCCACUACAGCGGACACGGCACGCGGCUGCCGGCCGAGACCGGGCAGGACGACGACACCGGCUACGACGAGUGCAUCGUGCCCAGCGACAUGAACCUUAUCACAGACCAAGAUUUCACAGAGCUUGUGCAAAAAGUCCCCCAUGGGUGUUUAUUCACCAUAGUUUCCGACUCAUGCCACAGUGGUGGACUACUUGACAAGACCAAGGAACAGAUUGGGCACAGCACUAGGCAGAACCAGGCCCAGCGCCGGGAACUAGAAGAACGAUCUGGUUCUAGUACCAGUUUCCGUUCAUUCCUCAAAGAGACCGUUCGGGACGUGUUUGAGUCUCAAGGAAUCCACCUGCCCCGCCGUGGCCACGGGCAGAGCGGUCACGGCGACGACAGUGAUGAAAAGCCACGAGACAUCGACACAGACUCAACGACAGAUGUCCACAUCAAAAACCGGUCGCUACCACUUUCGACGCUCAUCGAGAUGCUCAAGGAGAAGACUGGGAAGGACGAUAUUGAUGUGGGCUCAAUCCGGAUGACGCUGUUCAACCUCUUCGGAGAUGACGCCAGCCCCAAGAUCAAGAAGUUCAUGAAGGUCAUACUAGGCAAGCUGCAGCAGGGCGAGCACGGCGGCGUCAUGGGCUUCGUGGGCGCCCUGGCACAGGAAUUCUGGAAGGCUAAGCUGGAGGGCAAGCAAGAAGAAGAGCUGGAGCCGGCCAUGAAACAAGAAGUGCACAGCGUCCAGGAGGUGUACGCCGGAACGACGGCGAGGGUCCCUAGCAACGGCGUCCUGAUCAGCGGGUGCCAGACCGACCAGACCUCCGCGGACGCAACCACGCCGAAGGGUGCGUCCUACGGCGCGCUCAGCAACGCCAUCCAGGCCAUCCUCGCGGAGCACGGGACGGUGACGAACAAGGAGCUCGUGCUGAAAGCGCGCAAGAUGCUGUCAAAGCAGGGGUACACUCAGCAGCCUGGCCUUUACUGCAGCGACGAGCAGGCCAGUGUGGCUUUCAUAUGCUGAACCAUCGGUUGUGCGGUUGUCAGCUGUAAUCUUUGCACACUGUCACUUCCUCUGGUGUGUGGUGGCUAUGCUUAUGUUCAGACUUGAGAAUGGACUGUUUCUGCACAAAAUAGCAUUAUCUGAGAUUACAUUUUAACAACAUCAUCGAUACAUUUGUUUUGUACUUUACAAAACAUUAAAUAAAAAAUAGUUUUUUUCCCACUAUCCUUACAC